AUGAUGUCGAUGAUGAGCAUGGACACAUCAUCUGACGGUGAUGGAGACGCACAAAAGAGAUACGCAUUGUUGGUUACAACUAUUGGUUGGCUGGUGGUCGAGUUGGAACUAGAGCGUGCCGCGCUGACAUGUGAUCGCUUUGUCGAACAGGUUCAGGCCAAGCGCUACGUCGACACAUUGGUGCAUCGCAUCGUAAAGAAGUGGUUUGUUCAAUGUGGUCGAUACUCUGUCAAGGGAGAACAACAACAACAACAGCCGUCAUCUCAAUCGGGGCCGCCUGCAACUCCCGUCCGCAACAGCGGCAACACUAUCACCACCGCACCAACACGACUACUAUCAUCGCCCACAGUAUCUCUGUUGGACCAACAACAUACCACAUCAAACAAGAGCAAUGGCUCGGGCGAGCAUGAUACCAACACCUCGACCGCACAUGAGGACGCGGACAUCCAGAUCAACGAUGACAAGCUGUCGCACUACUUCAACGAGGCCGAGCCGAAUGGAAGCAACACGCAGAUGGCCGACAUGUUGACACAGAACGAGAUGAAUGGACUGGUGUUCAACAGUCGUGGCUUGGUGGCACUGGGCGCAUACAAUCAGCUGAUCAUCACGCUGGACUCGUGUGACGCGCUGAACGGCAAGUACCCGAUAGUGGGCCGCGUGCACCCAUCAACCAUGCGCACUCUGCUCUUCUUUGAGGCGCAGCCAGUGAACCAUGACAACUCGCCCUACGAGCCCAUACUCAUAACUGGCAUACAUCUACUGAAGGACCUCGAGAGCUGCGAAGCCUUGGCUCAGACAUCGACGGCGCCUGCGCCACAAGCCAUGACCAACUCUGUGCCCUCGACACCACGCCUUGGCAGCGCUGAGGCCGAUCAAACACCAAUCAAACGUCCUCUCGAUCACUUUGAUUCGACGCCAGUGCUCAAACGACUCAAGACCAAGAUCAUGACGGGCCUGAUCAGGACCCCGUCGCGGCCCAGCAUCGACACGUUCAACACAUCGAUGCUCGGCGGUUCGCCCAUGGGCUUGAAUCGCAGCAUGGGCAUGAACCGCACAAUGUCACUUCCAGUCUUUAACGAAUCAGUCAAACCAAAGUGGCCCACGCGUCUGGUGAUCGUGCGACACGGUCAGUCCGAGCAGAACGCCGCGCUGGACAUCCUGCAGGACGAUAUCGACACACUGGCAUCGGUGCGCGACGCCGAUAUCCGACUCACACCGAUCGGCGAGUGGCAGAGCCAGCAGACCGGACGCUACCUCUCGACGAUGGAGCCGUUCGACAUCUGCUUCACAUCGCCCUACCUGCGCGCCAUCAACACGGCCGACAACAUCAUCAAACACCUGCCCUACCGCCUCAAGGUAUACAAGGAUAAUUGGCUGCGAGAGAAGGAGUUUGGCAAGUGGCAUGGUCUGACGGAGAAGUCGAUCCGCGAGAAGUUCCCAGACGAGUACGUUAUAAGACUGCGCGAUGGCAAGUACUGGUACAGGUUCCCGGGAGGCGAGAACUACCUGGACGUGGAGAUGCGCAUACAUUGCUUCCUGGAGAAGCUGUCGCGUGACUAUGCCGGGCGAUCCGUGCUGGUCGUCACACAUCAGGUGCCGUACAAAAUCUUCAGAGGACUAUUCCAUCAUCUGGACGAGCAAGGUUUGCUGGCAUUGGAGAAUGUGCACAACUGUGGCAUCCAGGAAUACAUACUCGACACGUCCAAAGCACCCGAGGGGCGAAUGAAGCUCAAACACUUUAAUCUCAAAUCAUACAACAUGGACGAGUUGCCAGCUGAUAUCAAGGCCAAAUGCUCUGGACAACAACCACAUCAUACCAACGAUCAUCCUGGCGCAUCGUCAACAACAUCAACCACAACAACCACAUCAACAGCAGCACUUCAUCAACAACAUCAC